UCGCCUCAGAUUAAGUAUAUAAAGAGCGCUUUGAUUUCCUCUGUCUCCAUCGUCUCCUCUGUCUAAGAGAGUCUGAGAAAAUGGAAGAUGUUAAGGUAGAGAUUAAGGAGGUAAAGAAGAUUGAGAAUGAGACUUUGGAAACGGGUUUGGCAGAGAGAUCGAUGUUGCUAAUGAAAGCUCCUUCUCUCGUCGCUCGCUCUCUCCAAUCUCUUCCUUUUCCUGAUGAUCCGUACCGUCCUGACGCUAAAGUCAUCCUCUACCUCGAUCUUAUCGCUCACGAAGACGAAGAGACCAAAUUCGUUAUGGAAUUAGCUCGAGCUGAAUCUGGAAACAUGCCAAGGCGUUACACUUUAGAUAUGUCUAAAGAGUUCGUCCCUAUGAAUGUUUUCUGUGAAUCUUCAGAUGGAAAGAUGUCAGUAGAAGGGAAGAUAAAAAACAAAUUUGACAUGAGACCUCAUAACGAGAACAUUGAGAGCUAUGGUAGAUUAUGCCGUGAAAGAACAAGCAAAUAUAUGGGCAAAAAUAGACAGAUCCAGGUCAUUGAUAAUGCCAGAGGAAUGCAUAUGAGGCCAAUGCCAGGAAUGAUAAUCCCAACGGCGGCUCCUGACAAGAAGAAAAUCACAAACAGGACAUCAGAAAUGAAGAGAACAAGAAGGGACCGUAGAGAGAUGGAGGAGGUCAUGUUUAAUCUCUUUGAAAGGCAAUCAAAUUGGACUCUGAGGCAGCUCAUUCAGGAAACUGACCAACCUGAGGUAUGGAAUGUGGAUUUGGCGCAGCAAUUCCUGAAAGACUUGCUGAGAGAUCUUUGCAUAUACAACAACAAAGGGAGCAACCAAGGAACUUAUGAGCUGAAGCCUGAGUACAAGAAAGCCUCACAGGAAUAGGUUUGGUCAAAACAGGUUUUGGAUAAUAAUUUAACUAAGCAUGAUCUGAUUUUCUAGUAAAGGUUAAGCUUAGUUAGUUACAUGAAUUGUAACUGCUCUUCAUGACUAUAACAAGAAAUGAAAGGUUCAUUUAA